CUUAUACCUUAGACUGCUUCCCAACUGCGUGUAUAAAUAUUAUUGGCGGUGACGGUAAGACGUCGUACUUGUAAAUUCUAGCUUGGCAUUGCCGUUCGACUUAGCUACCUCACUUGAUACUAAGGUAAUUUACUCGAAAAUAUGGCCACUGAGACGUCUACAUCCGGCUACGUCACUGUAUCUGACGGCGUGCGCCUGCGAUACUGGCAAGACGGGCCGGUGUCCGGUCCCAACAUAGUGUUCAUCCCGGGCUGGGUCCAGACGGCGGCGCAAUUCCGGAAGCAGGUCGAGCACUUCCAAACCGCGUUCCGCGUCACCACCUACGACCACCGCGGCCACGGCGAGUCGGACAAGCCGUCGUUCGGGUACCGCGUGUCGCGGCUCGCCGCGGACCUCGACGCCCUGCUCGCGCACCUCGACCUGCGCGACGCCGUCCUCGUCGGGCACUCCAUGGGCGCGGCGGUCCUCUGGUCCCACUGGGACCUGUUCCCGCGCGACCGGAUCGCCAAGCUCGUGUUCGUCGACCAGGCGCCGUGCAUGACGAUCGACCCGACCUGGGCGCCCUCGCAGGCGGCCGAGUCGUCCGCGCUGUUCACCGCCGCGCAGCGGUUCGACAUCGCGGCGGCGCUGCGCGGGCCCGGGUGGGAGGAGGCCUGGCGCGCGCUGUCGCGCAGCUUCUUCACGCCGGAGGCGGACCCGGCGGACGUCGAGUGGGCGCUCGCCCAGCAGACGAAAGCGUCGCGGGAGGGCGCGGCCGCGCUGAUCGCGGACCACGUCGCGCUCGACCACAGGGACGUCAUGUCGCGGAUCGACGUGCCUACGCUGACCGUCGCCGGGCGGGGGAGCUUGUUCCCGACGGCGGGGGCGGAGUGGAUUGGAAAGCAGACGGGGGGGCGGGUUGAGAUUUUUGAGAAGGGGGAGGGGGGUAGCCAUUUUAUGUUCUGGGAGAACCCGGAGAAGUUCAACAGGAUUUUGGAAGAGUUCUUGAGUACCUAACCUAAGUUGAAUAUCUAGGGAGGUAGAUGCUCUAGUCGUGACUUAUACACGAGCGUGUUCAGGUCUUGGAAAUAUUGGAGCACAUCUGCUACCUUUAAGUGCCUUGGUUAGUAGGUUUACUUCUCUUAAUAACCUAGGAGGAUUUAUUUACUACUGUACCUUAGUGUUUCCUAGUAGAUACAUGGGUGACGUAGUAGGAUAACCGUCAGCCUCACUCAGACUUGCCUGAUAGAUUUAGUCCGCUUUGCCCAUUUCUCCCCCUUUCAUGGGUGUUCAAGGUCUAGCCCCCCCCUUCUUGUCAUCUCUAUCACUUGUCCCAUAAAUGUCUGCAACUGCCCAGCGAUGCUAUACUCUCUAUACAGCAUGAAAGUCAAUAUCACCAGGCUUAGAAAUAGAGCCCUUUGAGAAAUAUUCGCUAUGAAUAGUAGCGAAUGCUAGCUGUGUCCUUGGAGAUUCAAAGAACCUCACAAGUGC